AUGACAUCAAACGAGUUGAAUUUCUUCCAUACAAAAAUUCACCUAAAAGUGGAGGCCCACCCGCCAGAUUUCAACAGUCGUGGACUAUGUGUAAAACGCGUGGGACUUUUUCGCGGAGCCACAACUUGUUUAAUUGAGAAUUAUUGCUCUUACAACCCCAGCUUAACGAAUCACAUUCCGACCCCAAUCAUGACAAACAAUGAGUUGGAGAGCCGAGGAACAUUCGAGAGGGUUCUUUCUUGGAGUUUUCACAUUAAAAGCGAAGAGUCUUGGAAGUCUGCUAUUGUUAGUAUCACCAAUGAUGGUAAAUUACUUGCAGGGUCUGAGGUGUUGAUAGACGAGCUGCAAAGGUGCAAUAUUCAGAUUUUAUUCGACAAAUAUUGCGUUCUAAUUGAACGCAAAGUAUAUAUCCAGGGCCCCAAGACCGACUUCAUUGAAUUCAUCAAAGUCCUUUCUUCAUGGCAAUCCCUGGGCCGCGAGGGGUUCUCCUCCAAGUGGCAUCCUGCUAUGUCGAUCACCGAACAAGGAAAAGUUGAGGGAAACCAACUGCUGGUUUGUCGUUUCAAGGUGUUUGCUCCUUUGCCUUUUAAGAGCAAACACAUCAAGAUUGCCGGAGGUCCAGCCGUGCCCAUGUACCCAUUGAAGACCCCAGACGCAACUCUACAGGAGGACUGGUUCUAUGUGAUGGGCCACUUGAAAUCGGAUGGAAUAUUGAAUUUACUUCACGAGGGAGAUGGUUCUUUAUUGUAUUCAGUUGAUGUUUCUCAAUUGUUCACGUCGGAGAUUAUACAGAUUGAUCAUUCGAUGUUCCAGAACUCAAACACGCUGUUUGUGGGCUUCAUAGACGAGUUGAGACGCCAGCAGUUCCCAAACGAGUAUCCAUUUCUCAGCAAACAGAGGCUUGUGAGGGAAUCUUUUUUGAAGGAGCAGGACUCCAAAAAUAUCACCAGGUUGUUGAUCCAGUUUCCUCUCCACAUCGACUUGGAGGAUUGGUUCGUCACGCUUAAGGCCUUUGCCAAACGCGAGCACUACUACUUGCAGCACAAUCCCGAUCAGAAACUGCGAAGUUCCAAGCAUGUGACAUUAGAGGUAACCGAAGCCAAGUUUUCUCCGACUGCUCUUCCCUCUUCCGAUAGCAACUCCGAAGGUCCAGGCCUUUAUGCCGAGCUGAGUUUCUGGGGAGCAACGUGGUGUCGAACUGCGAUUGUGAAAAGCCGAACGAAUCCGUUCUGGAAGGAAAAUUUCAAGCUGGAAUGUCCGUGUUCCACAGAAAGUGCCAGAAUUCUCGUCAAGAAAUGCAGUUUCAAGAACGAGGCUUUCUCUCAGAACGAUGUGAUACUGGGAGAGUCUCGCGUGGAUCUGACUCAAAGCGGCAAAUCAACAGACAAGAGACUCAUAAUAGGAUCUUCCAAUUUGGAGAUUGGGUCAUUGGAUACCACUUUGACCGUUGGUGAGAUUCGCAUUCUCCCGCACAACGCUUACAAAAUAUUUGAGAGUAUGCUACGAAGUCUACCUCCAAAAGAUUUACAAGAAAUGGUGAUUACGUUACAAUCUUCUUCCAAUGAUUUGGAGACCCUUUCAAGUAUUCUGUUAGAUUCCUUUCAGUCGCUGGGGAUUGAAACAGAGCUUUUUGCAGCGUUGAGGGAGACGGCGAUGAAGCCAUUGGACUCAAUGACUCGCCAGAACAGAGUGAAUGCGAAAACAACCUCUCCAAACUCGCUGAAUACCGUGUUUAGAGGAAAUUCAGCUCUCACUAAAUGUCUGGAAAUGUACUUCUUACGGGUUGGCCACGAAUACCUCGAGAAGGUGAUUGGGCCAUUUGUUCAGAGGAUUAGUGACAAGAACAUCGAUUGCGAGGUGGACCCUAGAGCUGGCGGUGGUGAUGCCGUUGCUAAAACCAAUUUGGGUCACCUGACAGACUACGUGAAUGAGCUUUGGGAGUUGAUGUACUCAACCACAAAUGAUCUUCCCAGACAGAUAAAGGACCAGCUGACCUUUUUGAGGAAGGACGUUGAGAAUUCGGUCGAACCAGACGAUAUAAAGACACCUUUGAAUGCGCUAUCAGCGUUUAUCUUCCUGAGGUUCAUGUGCCCAGCAUUGCUGAACCCCAAAUUGUUCUUUCUGGCCAAAGAACACCAGACUGGAAGAACUCAGAGGACGCUGAUGUUAGUAGCCAAGAUUCUGAUGAUGAUGGCCAACCGAGGAAAAUUCAGCGAAUACAAGGAGCCAUAUAUGGUUGGAUUGAAUACUUUCUUAGAGGAACACGACCAGAUGGUGAUUGACUACUUUGACAAACUCACGGGGCGGAAAAUGGACUUUUCAGAGAGGAUACUUGAUAUGAGUGAUGUGGUAUCAAGGCUGUCUGUUGAAGUUCCUCCUGCAAUUCUUUCUGAGCUGCCCACCAACCCAUAUUUGAUUGAUAAGUACCAUUCUUUGGUUCAACUAAUACACUGUCUCAACGAGACGAGGUCUCUAAAGAAGUCCUCAAGUGCGAAGCAUAUUUCGAGCGAACCACAGAUGCUCCAGAUAGAUGAUGUGGACUUUGGCUCACAGGAGUUUCUGAGCAGUCUACUUGAAUCAUCGAGCUCCGACCUAUAUGAUACAAAUCUCAGCUCUUUCCUUAGACAGAACGUGACAUUCCAAGACCUUCUCGAGCAAGCUGCCAUUGUGGAGGUGAAAUCAAGCAAGCUAUGUGAACUUUUCAACAAACCAGAACUGCCCUCAGACUUCACCGCUGGCGGAUGGUCUGAGUUCGAGCGGGAGCAAUUUUCCUCGGGAAUCGUCGACAAAAAGGGACAUUUAGGACAUAUCAACGAGAAACUUAAGGAAUGCAGACCUUUGGAGGAUGUUUUGCAAAAACUGCUUUUACAAACCUCUCCCAGUUUUGACAGUCUUGCUAGUACUCCAACGGUUACUGCAAAGCCAGAAAAACGGUUGAAUCCAAUUACAAGGCUGUUUCGCAAGAAAAAGACAUAG